CUCCCUUAAAGAAAGGAAAUUUUAAUUAGAAAAAAAGGAAGUUGUGAAUAUCAUCUCUCUCUCUCUCGCUCAGUGACUGAUUCAGUCAUUCAGAUGACCACUGUCUCCGUUGCCGUCGUAGCUCCUCCGCUUCAUUCCCCAUUCUCUCGUCAUCUGAGUCUGACUAAGCUCUCUUUUCAAAUUCCAAGAACCGGCUUGCGGAGGAAACAACUAGGAUUUGCUUUAGCUUCUGCUGCGGUUUCAGAAUCGCCAUCGGAAGCCACCUAUGAUCCUGAGCUCCGUUUAGUUUUCGAGCUCGCCACCGAUUCUGAAUUGUAUGAGCUUGAGAAAAUCUUGUUUGGUCCCAGCUACUUCAGCCCUCUGCUGAAAUCAAUCCCAAACAAAGGAGGAGGUGACAGGCUAAUGAUAGGCCAAGACAUUGAGGUGCGAGAUGAUUUUAUCGAAGCUCUUGAAUCGAGAUUCUUGUUUCUCGCUGCAGAUGCUCGCUCAACACUCAGGGGUUGGAGGCCUUCAUACAGAAACGUUUUACUUGCGGUGAGAAAUAAUUUGAAUAUUCCCUGCUCCAACCAAUUGCCAACCGAAGACCUAGAAGCGGAGAUUUUUCUUUAUCUUGUCGACAAUUACUCAAGUGAAGCAUCAGGGGUAUUUCCAGGCUUGUGGGAAAAUUCUGAAGUUUCAGAGGCAAAGGGAAGCUUAGAACUCGGGCUAAGUAAAUGGAAAGUUGAACUACUUGCUGCAUUACAAGUGGGUGCUACAGAGGUUCAAUCUAUGAUUCUGAAGGGUGGUGGCAUGAUCACAUUUGCCAAAAUUUAUCAGUUGUUGGCUAAGAAACUAUCGGGAAAAGUCUUCACUGAGGCUGCCAACUACCAGAUAAGGAAAGAGAUGCUAAAAAAGGGAGGACAGUUAGCCGCCGUUAACUUGGAAUCUCGAGCAGCUCUGCUUGCAGCAAAGCAUGGCUUUGCAGGAGCUGCAUCAAGAUACAUUGGCUUAAAAACAGCGAUGCAAUUACUGGGCCCCAUGAUGUGGGGGACAUUAUUGGCUGACUUAGUUAUUCAGAUGCUCGAGACUGACUACGCAAGAAUCAUACGAGCAAUAUACGCGUUUGCACAGAUUCGGAUCACCAGGACAUACAGGCUACCUUGUAAAUGAAGUAACAGUUUUUCUUUUGUUUUUUUAAUCAAGAUUUCUCAAUCUCAGUGUCCCCUAAGAAUUAUGUCGGUAAACAAUGUUUAUCACAACUCUGUAUUUGUUCGCUUGUGGUUGAAAUGAGAGUAGUAGACACUUUUACUCGAA